AUGGACAUUCUUAAGGUCCUGUCUCGUGGCAUCAAGCCCAGCCAGAAAAACAAAGCUCAGGUUCCUGGAGCUGCGGUCCAACAACUCCCCUCGGCUGGCGCCCUCCCGCAUCCGCAGUUGUUCCACGACCCGGUCAGCACCCGGGGCAAGAAGAGGAAGAGGAGAAGGGACACCCAGGAUGAACAGGCAGGGAACGACGACGAAGAGGAGGAUUUGAGCGAUGUCGACUACUUUGCUCCCAAGAAGCCCGCCACCGAAGCCGCCCCGGCCGAUGCCGAUGCCGAGCAAGACGCCCCCAAGAAGCGCAAGGUCAAGCUGCUGGACGAGGACGAGUGCCGCCAGAUCCUGCGCUCGCACCGUCUCAAGUUUACCGUACUCUCCGGAGGGAGGCAGGCCGAGGCAAAAGCGGAGGCUGGGGCGGAGGUAAAGGAGGAGGAGAAGAUGAGCAAGAAGAAAAAGGAGGCCGAGGACAAGAAGAGCGAGGAAAAGAAGGAGGACCACAAGAAGCAGAUCUUCCCACAACCUCUGACCUCCUUUGGCGAACUGCGGCAUGUCUACGAUGUCUCGCAGCAAGUAGCAGCGAACAUCUCCGCCCAGGGCUUCCGCGUGCCGACCGAGGUUCAGAUGGGCAGCCUGCCGCUUCUGCUCCGGCCAGCCACGGCGCUCAAGAAAUCCACGGGUGCUAACCUCCCCGAUGUGGCCGACGGGGUCGACUUCCUCGCCGUCGCCCCUACCGGCAGCGGCAAGACCAUCACCUUCCUCAUCCCGGCCAUCGACGGCGUCCUGAGGCGGCGCGCGGAGCAGCAGCGGUCGAACGACGAGCACGUGCUCGAGGCAGUAGUGGUCGCGCCGACAAGGGAGCUGGCGACCCAGAUCGUGAGCGAGGGGAGGAAGCUGGCGAUCGGCACGGGCGUGAGGGUGGUGCUGAUGAAGCGGAACCUGCGGCUGGCGGUGGAGGAUGCGGCGGCGGCGGCGGAGGGGCCAAAGAACAACAAGGACGAGGAAAAAGAGAGCGAGAGUGAGGAGGAUAGCGAGAGCGAGAGUGAGAGUGAGAGUGAGAGUGAGAGCGAGAGCGAGAGCGAGAGCGAGGAUGAGGAGAGCAAAGGGCCCGAUCGGGAGCACAGAAGAGCGAACGACCGGGUCAAGCCGCCCGCGAGGGUCGACAUACUCGUGACGACGCCCAAGAUCCUUCUCAACUUCCUGUCCGGCAAGUUGGACAAGUCCGGCGCCCGCAAGGUCCUGCCGACGGUCAGGUCCCUCAUCCUCGACGAGGCCGACGUCCUUCUCGACCCCAUCUUCCGCAAGCAGACCAUGGCCAUCUGGCGCGCCUGCACCCACCGAGACGUCAGCCUGACCUGCUGGUCCGCCACCAUGGCCUCCAGCAUCGAGGCCCUCGUCAUCAAGCAGCUCUCGAGGCGCGCCUCCCGGCAGGGCGGCAGCGGCGCCCCGCGGCCCCUGAUCCGACUCGCGCUGCACGACGAGCUCAAGUACGACAUCCCGAUCGAGGCGGGCGGCUCGGCGCGCGUGGCGGUGCUGCACUCGUCCAUGACGGACGCGGCGCGGUCCCGCAUCAUGGCGCGCUUCCGCGCCGGCGAGGUCUGGGUGCUCAUCACGACCGACGUGCUGGCCCGCGGCGUCGACUUUGCCGGCGUCAACGGCGUCGUCAACUACGACGUGCCCACCUCGGCCGCCGCCUACGUCCACCGCGCCGGCCGCACCGGCCGCGCCGGCCGCGAGGGCGGCGUCGCCGUCACCUUCUACACCAAGGACGACAUCCCCUUCGUCAAGAGCGUCGCCAACGUGAUCGCCGCGAGCGAGAAGCAGGCCGGCAAGGCCGGCACCGACGCCGCCGCCGUCCAAAAGUGGCUCCUGGACGCCCUGCCCGACGUGGCCAAGGAGGAUAGGCGCAAGCUCAAGGUGCGCGGCGUCGAGUCGCGCCGGACCGGCGGCAAGGCCUCCAUCACGACCAAGAGCUCGUGGGAGCGCCGGAGGGAGCAUAAGCGGGCGCAGGCGAUCGAGGCGAGCAAGCGGCGCAAGAGGCAACGGAGAGAAGAGGAAAAACGAGGUGGCGGAGGCGGAGGCGGAGGUGGA